AUGCCUCCCGGUAUGCAGCGCCCGACACCGGAGCAGAUUGCCGAGAUCCAGCGCAGGAUUGCCGAAGAUGCGCAAAAGGCGGGCAUGUCGGUGCCCGAGUUCAUCGAGCACAUCAAGAGGCAGGCAAUGGAGCAGCAGCGGCAGCAGGCGCAACAAGGCGGGCAUGGCGGGUGCGACCACGAUCAUGACCACGACCACGACCACGGGCAUGAUCACGGCCACGACCACGAUCACGACCACGAUCACGACCAUGACCACGACCACGAUCACGGCCACAGCCAUUCGCACGAUCAGGGUCGCCGGCAGCCAAUCACGCCCGGUCCGCCGAACCCCAAGGCUCUCGCCCUGGCCAAGUUCCUCAAGGGCCAGGACCUCAAGACUCGCACCUGCAUCCUAAAUGGCGAGCGCAAGGACAUGUUCAAGGUCAAGCGUGUCCUGCGUGCCAUUCAGUCUCCGGCGUACGAGAAAGCACGCAAGAAGAAUCCACUUCUGCCCGAGAUCACGGACAUGGCCACUCUUGAAAACACGUUUAAGCUUCUGCCCAUGAGCAUGCUCGCCUUGCGAGUCACCCAGAUCGAACCUCAGCUCGGGCCGAACGGAAAGAAGCCCAAGCGGAUCAAGGGCCAGUGGAACGUGCGGAUUGAGCAGCAGCAGGAGGCCCACGAGGACAUGUACUACGCUUGGUUGUGGGAAGGCAGCCAGGUCAAGCGCCAGCUCUACGCUGCCCUCGCCCUCCUUCUCAUCUUCAUCGUCGUCCUGUACCCCCUCUGGCCGCUCAAGCUCCGUCAGGGAGUUUACUACCUGAGCUGGGGCUUGCUGUGCUUGCUCGGUUUGUUCUUCGUCAUGGCCAUCUUUCGUGUCAUCCUGUUCUGCAUCACCUACUUUGUCGCUUCCCCGGGUCUUUGGCUCUACCCGAACUUGUGGGAAGACGUGUCGUUCAUGGACAGCUUCCGACCCGUCUGGGCCUGGCACGAGACUGCCGAAGAAAAGAAGGCGAAGAAGAAAUCGAAGAAGAAGUCCAGGAACGCCGGCUCGUCGGUUGGUCCCAACAGCGCCUUUGCCGCCGCCACCGGUCAAGUGGCACCGGCCACCGCCACGACGACGGGCACGAGCACGCAGGUGGCGACGGGGGACAUGCAUCAGCGAUCCUACGUCGCGCCCAGAGUCGAAGAGCUGGGCGAUGACGAGUGA